CUCAUUUAGUUCUCCAACUUCAGCCCAGACUGCACACAGUUUCUCUCUGCUUCUCUUGGUUUCUUUUUUUCCACCAUUCCUGCUCCACUCCAUGGUUUUUCUUGUGCGGGACAUAACAGGAUGCACUUUUGUGAGUUGCCUCCUCAGCUCGUCCAGGGUGGCUUUUGUGAUCCGGACGUAAGCGUGUAGAUGCUGGACUGUGUGGAAUGAACAAUGGUGCUGCUCCUUGGUGCUGCGGCCAGGGGCACGCUCUUGCUGCUGUGCGGGCUGCUGGAGUUGCAGCUCGGCGGCGGGGUGCCUAUUUUCCAGGGUUUCUAUCUUCCACCUGCGAACGGAUCGCUGCUCACACCUGCCAGGAGGACAGAUGGGGUCGUGCGGACUAUUGAUAGGAUUUAUAACGGAGGGGGGAAGGCUGGGUACUUGGUCUACCUGGAUGGGAGUCGCUUCCAGCUGGACAUGGAGCGCGAUGAGUCGAUGAGCCCCGAGUAUGUGCUCGCCAUGAUGGGGGGCAGCUCGGCGUCUUUGCAGCGGGGGUGUAUGUACCGAGGGACGGUGGACUCCAAGCCAGAGUCCCUGGCCGUCUUCAACCUUUGCGGCGGCGGUCUGGAAGGCUUCUUUGCCGUGCACAAUUUACGCUACGCUGUCACGCCGAUCAUCCGGGCCAGAGGACACGAGCGCGACUCGCGCGCUCUACAGGACAGGGACGCGGAACGCGCGCUCCACGCGUUCACGCGCGAGAGGUUCACGUUUGAAGCGGCGCGCGACGGCCGUGAGAGUUGCGGCACGCGCGACGCACGCAGGGGGCGCAGGGACGCGGCGCGGAAACGUCGGGUCAAGGGUCGCGAGAGGACGUGGCGGGAGAAAGAGGGCCUCUCGGACGGGCGGAGAUGGUGGAGCCAGUUCGCCCGAACCCCACCUUCGGACAGCCACAUGCGACGUAAGAGGUCCGUCUCCCGCGCCAGACAGGUGGAGCUUCUCCUGGUGGCGGAUGAGACCAUGACCAAGAAGUACGGGAAGGACUUGAACCACUAUCUCCUCACACUGACCUCCAUCGCGUCCAAGCUGUACGGGCACGCCAGCAUCGAGAACCCGAUCCGGCUGUCCGUGGUGAAAGUAACGACGGUCAGUGAAAAAGACAAAGGGCUUGAUGUGACAAAGAACGCGGCGGCGACGCUGAAGAGCUUCUGCAAGUGGCAGAACCAGCAAAACCCGCUGGACGACGACCACCUGCACCACCACGACGCCGCCAUCCUCUUCACUAGGCAGGACCUGUGCGGCCAUCACUCCUGUGACACCCUGGGAAUGGCGGACGUCGGCACCAUCUGCUCUCCAGAGAGAAGCUGUGCUGUCAUCGAGGAUGACGGGCUUCACGCCGCGUUCACCGUGGCGCACGAGAUAGGCCAUUUGCUCGGUUUGUCCCAUGACGACUCCAAAUUCUGCGAGGAGCGCUUCGGCGUGAACAGCGACAAGAGGCUCAUGUCCUCCAUCCUCACCUCCAUAGAUGCGUCCAAACCCUGGAGCCGCUGCACCUCGGCCACCAUCACAGACUUCUUUGACGAUGGCAAUGCCGAGUGUCUCCUCGACUCUCCCCACCAGCCUCUGCUGGGCCCCGAAGAGCUCCCAGGGCAGAGCUACGAUGCCGUGCGCCAGUGCCGCCUGGCCUUCGGUCCAGAGUACACGGUGUGCCCUGGGAUGGACGUGUGCUCUCGGCUGUGGUGCGCAGUGAUUCGCCAGGGACAGAUGGUGUGUCUGACCAAGAAGCUGCCAGCUGUGGAGGGGACACCCUGCGGGAAGGGACGCAUCUGCCUGCAGGGGAAGUGCGUGGAUAAAACGCGCAAAAGGCACUACUCGUCAUCCAACCAUGGCAGCUGGAGCUCCUGGGGUCCUUGGGGUGCAUGCACCAGAACAUGCGGCGGCGGAGUGCAAUUCGCCCAGCGGUUGUGCAACAACCCGCCGCCGCGGAACAACGGGCGCUACUGCACGGGGAAGAGAGCCAUCUACCGGUCCUGCAACGUUGCACCAUGCCCACCGUCCAAUAAGAGUUUCCGGCAGGAGCAAUGUGAGGUGCGCAAUGGCCCGCAAACAGAUCCGAAAGGGGUGAAGACUUAUGUUGAGUGGGUGCCCAAAUAUGCUGGAGUUCUCCCGAAAGAUGUGUGCAAGCUAACCUGCAGAGCAAAAGGAACCGGUUAUUAUGUGGUGUUCUCGCACAGGGUGAUCGAUGGGACCGAGUGCCGUCCUUACAGCAGCUCGGUGUGCGUAAAAGGGAAAUGUGUGCGAACGGGCUGUGACGGCAUCAUCGGCUCCAAGCUUCAGUUUGACAAAUGCGGCAUAUGUGGAGGCGACAGUACAGGAUGUGUACGAGUUGUGGGCAACUUUACCAAGAAGAGUAAGGGCUACACUGACGUAGUGAAGAUACCUGCCGGCUCCACCCACAUCAAGGUUCGUCAGCACAAAGCAAAAGACCAGACCCGCUACACCGCCUACCUCGGCCUCCGAAGACCCAGUGGGGAUUACCUCCUCAAUGGCAAGUUCAUGAUCUCCACCUCCGAGACCAUCAUUCCACUCAACGGCUCUGUACUCAACUACAGUGGCUGGAGUCAAAAGGAUGAGUGGCUUCACAGCAUGGGUCCCGGGGCCCUGCAAGAAGCCUUGGUGGUCCAGAUCCUUGCGACAGACGCUAAAAAGCCCCUGGAUGUCCGCUACAGCUUCUUCAUGCCACGCAGGACCACUCCACAGCAGCCACCACCCCCGCUUGUACCUAACCUGAAUUUAGCCCAAUUGCAGGGCACGACAACUGUCACAGGCAGAACCACCACCGUUAGCACUACUACAUCUUCCUCCGCUCCCACUCUCCUGGUUCCAACACCAACAGCAGCUAUCGCUCUCUCCACUUUACCGCCCGGGCCCCAGUGGGUGACUGGAGGGUGGAUGGCCUGCUCCAGGACUUGUGACACUGGUUGGCAGAGCAGGACAGUGCAGUGCAAGGACCAGGGCGGGAAACUGUCCAAAGGCUGCUUGCUGAGUUCCCGCCCCUCUGCCUUCAAACACUGUCUUGUGAAGAAAUGUUGAACUGGCAGGAGGGGCGCUUUGGACCAAUGAAUUUAUGACAUUCUGUAAAACUGGCGAUGUUGAACCAAGUCUCACACUCAAGCUAAUCAAGGGACAAUUUGGUUUCUAGCCAAGGACUUUGUUACAGCAUCCAAACAUCUUUUAUUGUGUGUGUGUGUGUGUGUGUGUGUGUGUGUGUGUGUGUGUGUGUGUGUGUGUCCUGAACGGGGGGACGCACAUCGUUCAGCCUCCAGCUGACUUCCCUGAGUUCCAAGAGAAGGCGGCAGAUGGCGACCAACAAUGGACGGGGAAACCCAGACAUUCGGUGUUGAAAUGGUGCUUCACACUUUGUCCAAGCAGCACAAUAAUAUUGUACAAAAAGUCGGGGGAAACAACUUUACCGAGACUGAGACUCGCUCAGGUUCCCGGCAAAGUUCCUUUUCUCUGCAACAACUCAGGAAGAACGUUCUUCCUUAUGACGCAAGUGUUGUCUUCAUUUAGUGUUCCCCUGCACAGCGGAGAGGAACACGAAAUCAACUGCUGGAGGGGUAAAGUAACCACAACCCUCCUUAACAUUCAUGGAGACAGAUCACACACACAUUUGGUGCAUUGCUUCAUUUUUGAAGUGUCUGUGUGUGUGUGCUGACAUGCAUUGAGAGUCGUGACAAUGCAAAGACGUUCCACUGGCACAGUCAACUUUUCCCUUACGUGCACUCCAUCAUAUUCUAAUUGAGAGUCAAUGUCUUGGACAACGAAUGAUAUCAAAGUAUGUGUCAUUGUUCAACCAUCGUUACAGAGCCACGUGCACAUGCGCACACCUCACUGAAACACACAUUCCCAUGAGGAAAGCCCUCUCGCCGGACAGCAGAAACACAGCACUGAGCUUGUAAUUUAUUGUUUGUUCGACUGCUAUGUGUGAAUAACAAAAUAUUGAGAUGAGGUUUAUUUAUUGUAGUAAUUUUGUAUCAAAUUACUAUUUAACUUAGGACUGUGCAGAAUCCGCAGUGUAAGAAUAUAGUGUUUCUUUUCUAGUCCUGAAAUGAUGUACAUAAAAUAUCUAUA